AUGACAGAAGAAAACCUACCGAAAAAGAGAUUUUUCAAAGACGAGCUAGAAUCGUCACAGGAAUUUAAAGACAUUGAAGAGCAGAAGCUAUCGUUUCAGGGAAAUUUGGAGAAUGCAAAAUCCUUUCUUUUCACUGAGAAACCAAGUAGUCAAGAAGGAGUGGAUGAUUCACCAGUCAUGAUAGAAGAGACAGACACAUCUUCCAACUCUCCUGCCUCAUGUUUGAAAAAGAAUGUAGAGCACUUCAGAAACAUAGUUCCUGGGGUUCCUUUGGAAAGAGCAGAGUUACUGUGCAGAAUGUACUCGAAAGAAAACAAUGUUUUAUCUAAGGCCUUAGAACAUCAUUUCGAGCGACCAAGUUCACCAGCUGCAUGCUCAGUAAACUAUGGAGACACAUUGCCUGACACGGAGAGCCUUGUCACGCCCAUCCCAGUAGCAUCUUUACCGUCUCCACGCAACCAUCAAGAAGAAAAUGGGCAGCGAACAUCAAAAAGACUCAAAACUGAAUCACACUCUAGAAGGUUUAUAGGAUCUUUGCAGGUGAAUGCAAUGGCAACGAGGCCCACUGUGAGACCUAUAAAAUAUGCAACGAAGCUCAAGAUUGGUCUGUCUACUGGUAGCCUUACAAUGUCGAAGGUCAGCCAUGCCAACCGAAGCAAGAAAGCGUCUAUGGCUAGCUAUGUUAAAAUAUAUGAUGCUGUCAAUGAGCGUGAAAUUGGCAGAGUACCGGGGGAUAUUGCCAGAAUCUUAUUUCCAUUGCUGCAGACCAACGAGGUCGAAUUCGAGGCAACAAUGAUUUUUUGCGAUAACAAGAGACUCAGCAUUGGUGACAAUUUUAUAUUUCAGUUGGAUUGUUUUCUCUCUUUCAGAAUUUUUGAUACUUCAUCGCCGAUAGAAGGACAAAGCAAGACAAUACAUGACAGUUCUAAAAGAAGAUGGGAUAGCAGUACUCAACCAAUUGUAGAAACAUCCGAAGAGCUCGAAAAUGGGACAAGAAUUAUGAGUCUGCUUUCACUAUUUGAUAAACUAAAUAUUAAGCCUAUUAGGCAGAGUGAGAUAUUAGAAAAUGAAGAUAAAGAUAGUCGUGAUGAGAUCGAUAUCAUCGAUCUUGACGAUGACAAAGAUUUGGUUGAUAUAACCAGUCCAUGUAGUGAAACUGAUAAUGAUGCAAAUGAAGAGGAAAAUAUUAUGAACAUGAACCAAUUGAAAUUUUUUUACAAAGCCACACAAUCCAUUGAUUUCUUAAGAGAUUUACCUGAACUUGAGCCACCCAAAGAAGAGUUCAAACUAAAUUUACGACGAUAUCAGAAGCAAGGUCUGGCGUGGAUGCUUCGAAGAGAGCAGGAGUUUGAAAAAUUAUCUGAAUACGACGAUUUUUCCAAAGUUGAUAAUAGUAUGAUGAUAAAUCCGUUGUGGCAGCAAUUCAAGUGGCCAAAAGAUAUGUCGUGGGAAAGCCAAAGGUCAGGAGAUCGUACCCCCAAAGCGAGUGCUGAACAACGCUUUUACGCAAAUUUACAUACUGGCGAGUUUUCUACGGAAAAGCCAAUCAUGAAAACAAUGAUGAAAGGGGGGAUCUUGUCUGAUGAGAUGGGUCUAGGUAAAACAAUCUCCACAUUGGCACUCAUAUUCUCGGCACCUAUUGAUUCCGAAGCAUCCUCCAAACAACUUUUUGGAACCGAGGGUAGCGAUUUUCCACCUCAAUCCCAAAAUAUUCCCUAUGUAUCACAUACGACGCUUGUCGUUGUACCUAUGUCGUUGUUAAAUCAAUGGAACUUAGAAUUCGAGAAAGCCAAUGCGUCAAAAAGCAUGCGCAGUGAAAUAUAUUACGGAGGAAAUGUUAGCAGCUUGAAAACAUUAUUGACCAAAACAAACAACCCUCCUACGGUUGUCUUGACAACAUAUGGAAUUGUUCAAAACGAAUGGAGUAAAAUCAUCAAAGAAAAAGAUACUAGUAGCAGUCAUACCGUUUCAUCUGGAUUGUUUUCUGUAGAAUUUUUCCGUAUUGUUAUUGACGAGGGACAUACCAUUAGAAAUAGGAUGACGAGAACUUCAAAAGCAGUUUUGCAGCUUGCUGGAAAGCGCAGAUGGGUGCUAACCGGCACUCCUAUAAUUAACAGACUUGAUGAUCUAUACAGUUUGGUCAAAUUUUUAAGGCUUGAGCCAUGGUCGCAAAUUUCUUAUUGGAAGAUGCUCGUCUCGGAACCAUUUGAAAAGAAACAAUAUAAGAAGGCAUUUGAUGUUGUGAACGCCAUUAUGGUUCCGGUGUCUCUGAGAAGAACAAAGCAGAUGAAGGAUGCCGACGGAAAGCUUUUGGUAGAGUUACCACCCAAAGACAUUGUUGUAGAAAGAUUGCCCUUCAAUAAAACACAAGACCAUGUAUAUAAAUAUUUUUUGGGCAAAGCUGAAAAUUCCGUGAGAUCAGGCCUGGCUCAAGGUGAUUUAUUGAGGAAAUACUCUACGAUUCUAGUACAUAUUUUGAGGCUCCGGCAAAUAUGCUGUGACAUUAAGCUAUUGGGCUCUAGAGAUGAGAAUGAUGAGGAUCUUUCAACAAGUAAUCAGCUAGUGAACGAAGAUCUUAAAAGUUUAACUCAAGGUGCAGCAGGAGAGGGUUUCUCUUAUGAAUUUGAUGCAAGGAAAAUGCAGAUUGCUAUAUCUAAUGUACAAAAAAUGUAUGACAGUGCAGAGCUUCUUGAAAAUAUUGAAUGUUCUAUAUGUACGACUGAACCAAUUUCGUUGGAUAAAGCAUUGUUUUUGGAGUGUGGACAUGGUUUCUGCGAAAAAUGUAUCAUGGAGUAUUUCGAGUUUCAGAAGGAGAAAAAGCUUGAAACAAAAUGUCCAAACUGUCGUGAACUUGUGAGCUAUAACAAUUUAGUGAAAGUAGAGCUCAAAGAAGGUGAAUCCCCGAAAAUUGUUCCGUGCAACUGUGAUCAAAAGCCAGCGAAAGUUGAGGCACUAAUAAAACACCUAAAGGUACUACGGGACACUGCUUUAGGCGAACAGGUUGUUAUAUUUUCUCAGUUCUCAUCCUACCUAGAUGUGCUCGAAAACGAGCUUAACGAGACGUUCGCAUCAAAUGAGGUCAAAAUUUAUAAAUUCGAUGGGCGACUGAACUUGAAAGAGAGAGCGACCGUUCUGGAAGAAUUUGGUGUGAAGAGUUUGAGCAAACAAAAAAUUCUUCUACUCUCAUUGAAAGCAGGUGGUGUAGGUUUGAAUUUGACUUGUGCAUCGUAUGCUUUCAUGAUGGAUCCUUGGUGGUCACCUAGUAUGGAAGAUCAAGCGAUUGACAGAAUACAUAGAAUUGGGCAAACAAGCAACGUAAAGGUGACGAGAUUCAUCAUGGAAAACAGCAUUGAAGAAAAAAUGCUGAAAAUACAGGAGAGAAAGCGCACAAUCGGAGAAGCUAUGGAUGCCGAUGAGGAGGAAAGAAAGAAGCGGAGGCUUCAAGAUAUCCAAAUGCUCUUUGAAUGA